AUGUCCCGGUCACUGCUGAAGAAAGGGCUGGAUCUGGUGUGCUCGGAUUCCAUUGGUUUCAAAAAGCAACCAGGAAAGCACAAGCAGAAUGAAGCCUUGAGCAGCAACAAAAUAGGAAUGAAGAAGCAGCUCCAAAAACUGAAACGUCAGGGACAGCCACAAAAUCAGAGAGCAUCGGCCAAAAACAGAGUUAUUAAAUCAGCAAUAGAGGAGUAUAAAAAACAUGCACCACAAGACUAUCUUGCACAAAACCUCAAAUAUAUGCUUGGAUCCCACUCUGUUGCAAACAAAAAAGCUGUCAAGGAGAUUGUAAAUCAGCACUGCGGACGGAAAGCAAGAGACAAGCAGGUAAAGAAGAAAAAGAGGGUGCAAAAGAAAUCUGUGUUCUCAGAUUCAGACUUCAAACGUUUUGAAAAGGAAUACUUUGGAAGCAGAUAG